CCAGGAAGGACAGGCAUGUCCACCCUCUUCACUGGAAAAAUCUUGAUAAGGAACAACAGCGAUGGGGAUGAGGUGGACACAGAGCAGGAGCUGAGCCUCAGGCUGGACAACAGGGUGCUGCUGCUGUAUUUUGGGGCCGGGGAGUGCCCUCAAUGCCAGAUCUUUGCCCCCAUCCUCAAAGAUUUUUUUGUGAAGCUCACAGAUGAGUUCUACGUGAAUAGGGCCUCCCAGAUUGCACUGGUAUAUAUCUCCCAGGAUCAGACCGAAGAGCAGCAGGACUCGUUCCUCAAAGAUAUGCCCAGGAAGUGGUUCUUCCUGCCAUUCCAAGAUGAGCUGAAAAGGGAUCUUGGGCGCAUGUUUGCUGUGGACCACAUCCCCAUGGUGGUUGUGCUGAAGCCCAGCGGUGAGGUGGUCACCAGGGAUGCCGUAGAGGAAAUUGGCAGACUUGGGCCUGCCUGCUUCUGGAACUGGCAGGAGGCCUCUGAGGUCAUAGACCGGAACUUCCUAGCAGCCGAAGACUUUGAUGACUUGGCGCCCAAGAGCCUCACCGACCCCAUCCGACGGCUCAAAUAUAAGAUUGAGAAGGGGACUCCUAGACACCCCACUGCACGGGACGGGCCUCACCGUUCCCAUAUCUCCUCUGUUCCUCUCAAGGCAAGUGAGAAGGCAGAGUUCGGGUUACCUGAGAUGCCAUAUAGACUGGACGCUUCGUAG